AUGUCAAGACGAUCCCGACUCCCAUCAGCAUUGCAUGCGCCACAAGAAGAGGACUCGAGAUGGUCUUCUUAUACUCCCCGCGACCCGACAGCAACCGCUCAGCGGGCGCAAAAGUCACAGCCCUCCCGGAGCAGCCUUCCUAGACCUGUUUCCAGCAGUAUACCCCGACCGGUUGCGACAAUACCCCGAUCCGAUCCGAAGCAGCGUGGGAAAGACGGUGAUUCAUAUCCCGACUCGAGUCCAUGGCCUUGGCUUGACCCCGACCAAGAUGACGAAUUUCGACAAGUUGCAAAGAAGAGUAAACAGAAAAAGAAGACCGGCGGUGGUGGCGGUGCACAGCAACCAAAGCAAACAAAUAACGAUGGUGGCAAAGGUUCACAGAAGGAAGGCGACGAUGGUGGUUAUGACGGCAAAUCCAACGGCGGGGAUGCCAGCAAUGGUGCUGGAGGAGGUCCAGGCAAGUCAGGCAAUGAAGGAGACAAAGGCGACGGUGACAAAAAGGAUGACAAGCCCAAGAAAGAAGCCGACGAUGAUGAGGGCCAAAAGAAGGAUGACGAAGAGAAGGAAGCAGAAAGUACAAAUAAAUCGCCACUCGACGAUGACUGGAAUCAAGCAACCGGCAAGAUAAGGCAAAAAGGAAAGCGAGGUGAUGCUAUUGGUUCUGUCACCCAAGAUAAGCCUACCCCGCGGUCAUUGGAUGACAAGGCGAAGAGCCAUGGCAACUCGGACAAAUCCAAUGACCUUGACGAGAUCAAACUCGACACUGCAACCUCAGUAAACGCCAAUCGCGUCUCUACAGACAACGCGUCCAUCGACAACCGGUCUUCGGGUAACAGCAGGAUUGAAGAGAACAGAUCUUCCGGGGAGCGAACAUCUUCAGAUAGCAAACCUUCGGGAUUUCCGUGGAGCGCUCUUUGGGGCGGCGGUCUCAAAUGGGGAGCGGGCAGCCACAAGGAACAGCCAAAGACGCAGGUGAAGCAUGAAGACAAGCUCGAAAACGACCCGUGGGCCAAGUCCAAGAACACCAAAACCUUCCCAGGCUCUUUUGAUGCCGCUGAGGAGACAAGAGAGGAGCCUGCUGUGACUGAGCCAAAGUUGGACACAAAGGGCGACCUGGACGACAAGCAAACCGGCAUGAAUGGGAAGUACUCGGCAAACGAGAAAAAACAAGACAGCGACGAUGACAAGUACCGGGUUGACAACAUGUAUGCCAAGGGGGUAAAGAAGGAUGAGCGCAAAGAUGAUCACGAUGAAGGCUUCGUGGUUUCCACGAAGAAGAGCAAAAAGUCAAAGAACAACACUAGCGCAUGGGAUGUGGAACCAGAUGCAUGGCAAGAGCCAGUAGUGGAACCGAAAAUAGAGCCAAAGCCGGAGCUAACAAAAACCACUGACCUCGAGCCUGAGGAUGAUUUCUUCGAAACCUUCCCUGCUGUGAAGAAGAAGAUUGAGAAAAGCUCGACCCGGUUGGGACAAUCAUCGAGACUCGACGCAUUUGCACCCACGCUCAAAAAGGCGAAUCCAGAUCCGUGGGAAGUCUUCGGCGCCAAGAAGAAAAAGACGAGGAUCGGCGCCGCUGAAGAGCCUAUGAUUAGGACACGGAAGGCCGAUCCGGAACUGUUACCGGCAGAACGAUCGUCUCCCAUUGCCGAACCCGAACUGGAGAUUGACCCAAUAGACGAUGAAAAGCUGGAGCCAAUCUUGCCCUACAAGCCGCCAACGAAAAAGGCUUGGUGGGACGAGCCCCCAGGUCUCCCGAGCCCUGUGAAGAGCAAAAAGAAGAAAGGUAAGUAUGAUACUGCUGACGAACCUCCCAGGGAGCCAGAUCUGGAAGUGGGACCCACAGAAGAGUUCAAGUUCGAGACCGAUAAGCCAGUGGAGGAGGACAACUUAUGGAACCAUUACCAAACCACAGCCAAGAAGGACAAGAAGAAGAGUAAAAGAGCGGAACUUUCAGAAGAAGCUGUACCGCCGCCACCGCCGCCGCCACCUCCGGUAGAACCAGUUGAGACUUUUCCGUGGGAUGAUGUCCCGAUCAAGAAGAACAAGAAGGGGAGAAGGGGACAGACGGAGCCUGAGCCACCACCGCCACCACCAGUCGAAUUUGAACCGGUAGCUGAGCCGGAGCCGGAGCCCGAGCCGGAGCCAGAGCCAGUUUCUGGUCCGCCCCAGUUUCCUGAAUCAGAUGAGGAGGGUGAGCAUCCCGGCGGCUGGUUUUCCUCUUUUCUUCACAAGACGGAUAAGAAGAAGAGUAGGCAUACAUCUCCCAUGCAUCUACCUCUUGAAGAGCCAGAGCCGGUCCAACCAGUACCAGAGCCGGAGCCAGAGCCGCAACCGGAACCGGAGAAAAAGGUGGAAGACGACCAUUGGGAUUAUCCCAUCUCAAAAAAGGACAAGAGAAAGAAGAAGGGAAAGACCAGUGAGCCCAUAUCACCGCCGCCACCGCCGCCUCCUGAACUUUCCCAGAGAUCCAAAUCAUCAAAGUAUGACAAGGAGGAUGAAUACGACUUGUACAGUGCUUCAUCAUCAAAGAAAAGCAAGAGGGAUAAGAAGGGGUAUGCCGAACGUGCACCGUCCCCGGAGCCAUAUGUCUCUGAACCAGUGGAGGAGGUCAUCUCCGAACUGGAGGAUCCAGAGCCCGAGUUUGAUGCGGAACCCGAGCUGGAAGCACAACCUGAAGACGCUGCUGUGUCGGAUCGCGAAGACAGACCAUCACAUGACGAAUGGGGCUACUCUAAGAGAGACAAGGACAAGAAAAAGAAGAAGAAGGGCAUUGAAAUAGAAGUCAAGUCUAAAACUGAGUCCAGGUCAAGUCGAAAGCCGGAGCCAGAACCCGAGCCCGACUCUAAACGGAAGAAAGCGAAAGACAGCAUUUGGAGCUUGUCUAGUGACCCAAAGAAGGACAAAAAGAAGAGGAGAGGCGAGUUGGAUGAGGACAGCAAGCCGUUAGCUUCACCUGCACCUGAUCCGCCUGAUGUCUGGGACGACGACUAUCAGGACCAGAAGAAGAAAAGCGCCAUCUCAGACGCAUGGGCUAAUUACUCGAACAAGGAUAAGAAGAAGGGCAAAAACGCCGUAGAUGUCCUCAUGGGGCUAAACAAAUCGGGAGAUCCACUAGCUGACUCAGCUCGGCAAUCACCGCCAAGCCCUUCUCACCGUCCCGGUGGCUUCUUCGAAUCCUGGGAAACCGACAGUGACCAUGACGACCACCAUAAACACAGAAAGCGGUCCAAGGACAGUUCACAAAAGCCUUACAGCAUCGAGGAGCCUACUUUAGACGACGUCUGGGGCGCUACCAUGUCCAGCAAGCGCAAGAAGAAGGCUAAUGCCGGCACCGACAACGCACCGGUGGAGGUUGUGGUGGACCAUGUACCGGACCCCAUCCAGCCGGGCUCUGUGGAGGGAAGCAGGGACGACAAAUACAACCAGGAUGACAGCAAACCAGAAAGCAACAGCUAUGGCAGCAGUUUCUGGGGAUGGGGCGGCUUCGCCAAGAGCAGCAGCAAAUCAUCCAAUAAGGAGUCGUCGCUUCAUGACGAGCCAGCACCACCUCCGCCACCACCACCGGCACCAACACCUCCACUAGACGAACCAGAGCUCGACAUUUGGGCUGAUGACGAUGACGAACCUCAGCCGGUUGUCAAGGCCGAGAAAGAGGACAAGAAAAAGUCCAAGGAUAAGAAGUCGAAGGACAAGGAGCCCAAACUCAGCGAGAAAGAGCUGAAGAAGCUAGAGAAGGAAAAGAAGAAGGCCGAGAAAGAGGAAGCGAGGCGCAGACUCAAGGAGGCCAAGGAGCUGGAGGAAGAAUUGAAACGUAAUGCUAGAGAAGCAAAGGAGUUGGAUGAGGCCUUGAGGCGUAAGGCUGAAAGGGAGAGGGAGUUGGAGGAGCAAGCUCAGCGUGAAGCCGAAGAGCAAGCAGCCCGUGAGGAAGAGGAGCGAAGACUGCAGGAGGAAGAAGAGCAGAAACAACGGGAAGAAGAAGAGCGUCGACACCAAGAAGAGGAGGAGUGUCGACAACGGGAGGCCGAAGAGCAAGCUCGGAUCGCCGAAGAAGAGGCUCGCAUUGCUGCCGAGGAGCAAGCACGCCAGGAGGAGGAAAAGAAACUUGCAAAAGAGAAGGCCAAGCUCGAUGAAGAAGCAGCGGAGCUUGAAACACUUAGGCUCAAGAAGGAGAAAACGCCUCGAAGAUUCACGAUGAGAGAGCAGCGCCGGCUCGACAUCCUUGCUAGCAAAUUCGAGGAGAUUGCGCGCAAGCGGCAAGAAGAGGAAGAUGAGCGGCAGCGAGCAGAAGAAGAAGCAGCCCGUAUUGCCGAAGAAGAGGCUCGCAUUGCUGCUGAAGAACAGGCUCGGAAGAAGGAAGAAGAGAGAAUUGCCAGAGAAGUAGCAGAGCUUGAAGAGGAGGAGGCUGAAUUUCAGGCACUCAGGUUCAAAAAGGCCAACUCACCGAGGAGGUUUACAACAAAAGACCAACAGAGGCUUCAGCAGAUCAUCAAGCAACGCAGAGAGAGGAAACGCCUCAAGCAAGAGGAAGAGGAACGCAAGCAACGAGAGGAGGAAGAGGAGAGGCAGCGGCAGGCUGAAGAAGAAGCCCGUCUUGCUGCUGAAGAACAAGCGCGGAAAGAUGAGGAGGCCAGGCUUGCGGAAGAAGCGAGGAUCGCAGAGGAGGAAGCGAGGAUUGCGGAGGAAGAAGCACUACUCGCGAAGGAUGAGGCCGAACUUCAGACCCUUACAAACAAGAAGGCAAAAACGCCUCGCCGGUUUACUCUCAUGGACGGACGGAGGCUCGACGUCCUUACCAAGGAUGUCAACCGGCGACGAGACGAGAAGGCUGCUCGAGAGGCUGCGAAGAAGGCUGCGGAGGAGGCUUCGCCAGAGGCUGCAGACCAGCCCGGAGACGAAUGGCAAGAUGCAGAUGAAGGCCAAGGUCAAAGCAACGGCGAAGACCCCGAAGCAGCUGCUCUCAAGGAAGCAACAGAGAGGGCCAUUCGUCAAGCGGAGGAGGAGGCCGAAGCCAAGCAGACAAAGAAGUCGAGCAGAGCCAAGGGCAAAUCCAAGGCUGAUCCACUCGAUGACAUGCAGCUCACUCCCGAGCAGGUGGACGAGUUGCUCGGAGACUCAUCGAAACGGGACAAGAGUGUGGACAGCCAACCUAAGGAGGAUAAGCCUGAUACCAACAACCACGCGCCUGGCGGGUUCAGCCUUUGGGGAGCUGCCAAGAGGGGCAUCUUUGGGUUUGGAGGAGGCGGAGGAUGGGAAGACCACAAUGAGCAGCAGCCUGGUGCUCCGGAACCUGAGCCGUCGGCCGAAGAUAACGAGGCAGCCAUGGCUGCUGGUGGUGUGAUUGGAGGCGUUCCUCCUGAGCUAUGGGAUGCAACCCCCAAGGCCGUCUCACCGUCGCCUGAACCAACCGCUGAGCCAGUGGCCUACCCCGCCAAGCCCACCAAGUCCAAGAAGGCUGCGGGGAGCAAGAGCAAGAGCAAGAUUGCCGAUCGCCUGCGCGUCUUCGAGUCACUUGACGCCGGGGCCGCGACACCUGCUGAUACCGAUGGUGGCCCGCCGCCAGCCGCACCAUCGACACCACCACCACAGCACGCUGGCUAUCCCCCUCCCCCGCCCGCGCCAUAUCUGGUGCGCUCGCCACCGUCACCUGCCAUCUCACCCGUUGUCGCAGUUGCCGUAUCUCCGCCAGCGCAGAGAGAGGAACGACGAAAGUCAUCAAGAAGGAGCAGAGACAAAGACAGAGGCUAUUCGCGCGACGACGAUAACGACUAUUAUCUAUCAGUCCCUCCGCCUCCGCCUCCGCCGCCGCCUUUUGUUGCGCCGUCAGGCGCACCACCUGGGGGUUUCCCCGGCGGAUUUCCGAUCGACGACGACGACGACGAUCACCGACCCAGUCGCGACAUGCAUGGUGACCAUCAUGACAACAACCCCGAAAACCACCGAGAACCUGAACUUGUCGAUUCUGCAGCCGAACGGAGAGCAAAGAGACGAUCCAAAAGGAUCUCACCUGAAGGUGUCGAGUUCGACUUGCCGCCUGCGCCGCCCUCGCCCCCACCUGUCGCGCCCGAUGCGCCAAUUGACGACGAAAUGGCAGAGUCAAGAUCGCCUCGAAAGGAAAGGCCCAAGAUCAACCGCCAAGGUACAGCUUGGGGUAUGGAAGGGAAGAAGCCAUCUUCGAGACCUAAGAUCGAACGAGAGCCAAGCGCAAAGAAAAGGACGGCGCACAUCGAAACGCCCGAGAAGCCCUCACGGUUCAGAGAGAAGGAUGCGGCGGCGGCCGUAGCAGCAGCGCCAGCUCCAAUGCAAGCGCGCUUCGCUAGCGUCUUCACCAGUACCCCUCCACUGUCGCGAUCCAUGUCCCAGCGCGAGAAGCGACUUGGUCCCAACGGCAAGCCCAUCGCACGCAGAUACUCGGAUAGCACUAAUGCCGUCGCCAAUCCUCCUGCUCCUCCUGCUGCUGCUUCCCCUCCGCCAGAAGAUAUCUCAUCGAAGGCGGCAAAGAUCUUGGGCGUCGGUGCCCGCGGUCUCGGAGUUGGUCUCGGCCUUGCGAAUGGAAUUCUUUCCCAUGGCUUUGGGCGAGGUGCUGCUGCUGCGCCUACACGCAACAAGCCGAACUUGAAUGAUGACACGCCUGUGUCCGGUGCUAAUGAUCCUGAUUUCAGCCCGACCAAGUCAGAACGCCGCAGGGCAAAGCAAUACAUGUCCGAAGACGACCACGUCAUGUUCGAGAUGCCCGAUGCUGCACCCCCUGCUCGUCCCCCGGUUCGCCGCGUUAGCACCAGCAACGCCAACAAGAAGUCGGGCUUCAGCCUGUUUGGCGUCUUUGGCUCGAAGCAACAGCACGAACCGCCGCCGCGCCCCGAACCUCCUCGUCGAAGCCGAACAGUUCCUACAUAUCAGACUACAGAUGAUGAAGGUGGCCGGCACCCCGCAGCCGCAUUCGUCCCCGAGACCGACGCCGAGCGCGAAGCCCGCAGAGCCGCCCGUCGCGCACGCCGUGCAGAGAAAGAGGCAGCCGAGAGAGGCGCCGCCGUACAUUCCGCUGAAGAGGCUCGUCGCCAAAAGGACGAAGCCCGUCGCGAACGUCGCAGAAAACAGGAGGAGGAGGAAGAGGCUCGGAGGCUAGAAGAGAAGGAAGCCCGUCGUGCCGAACGAAGAGCCCGUAAAGCGAGAGAGGAAGAAGAUCGCCGUGCCAGAGAAGAGGAAGAACGCCGAGCUGAAGACCAAAGAGAAGCGGAGCGCGCCGAGCGGAGGAGGACACGGGCCGAACGAGCUGCUGCCGAGGCCGAAGCCGGACAUCGUGACGUCAAUGGCGGUAGACAACAAGAUGAGCGGCGACGAGCCACCCGGCGUAUGCCUCCUGAGUCUGACCGUGAGCACGACCGCGACCGCGAAGAUGACGACGAACGGCGAAGGAGAAAAGAGGCCCGCCGUGCUGCCAAGGCCGCUCAGCUUGCUGCUGAAGCUGCUGCCGAUGAGAUGGACAGGGCCAGGAGGGAGCGGAGGCCGAGAGAAAAGAGCACGGCCAGACCCGAACCACCGAGAGACGCGCCGCCAGAUGAAUACGUCUAUCCAACCUCAAGACAGCAAUCCAAGGCUCGGAAGCAGGGGCAAGGACAGCAUGAUGGAUGGCCACAUUCGGGAACCACGUCGUGGGUCAAGGACCAUGCUGACGCUCCUGCUCCCCCAUCGCCGCCCGGACCUUUGGGUGCCUCUGUCGACGAUCAUGCCAACGGACACGCCAACGGUGGUGCGCCACCACCGCCACCUCCUCCUAUUAUGCGUCACGAGCUAGAUGAGGAAGAGGCUGCUCGGCAUGCAAGGAGAGAACGAAGAGCGCGCAGGGAGCAAAAGUACCACGCGGCUCAAGCGGCCGCCGAGGAAGCCGAGCGCGAGCGAGACCGUGAAAGGGGAGAUGCGGCGUACAUUAGUGCGCAUGAUGAUGAGAGGAGACGGACGAGAAGGAGAAGAGGUGAUGAAGAACGACCUGAGCGCGCUGUACGUGAGCGUGAGCGUGAGCGUGACCAUGCUCGACAGCAGCAGCGAGAUCACAGGGAUCGCGACCCCCGAGACCGUGCCGAACGCAGUCAGCGCGAUCGAGACCAACGCGAGUACUACAGCGCUCGCGACGACCGGGAACAGCUUCCUCGGCCUCGGGAGCGGAAGCGUGGGGAACGGGCGGCCGAUUACGACGACCGUGAUCCCCGCGCGGAGAGGGGAGACAGAGGAGACAGAGGAGACCGCGGGGGGGACCGGACUGGAUCCGGCUCCGGCAGUGAUGGGAGGGAGAACAGGAAGAGUGGCGGUGGUGGGCCUGGGGAUCAGGGUACUACGCCGAGGAGUAGUUGGUGGAAGAAGAUUGCUAGGUUUGGCUAG